GCGCAUGCGUAUUGUGCGUGUUGCCAGGGCGGACGGGGCUGUAAACGGGCUCAUUGCUGCGAACGUGUGAUCUGUUCGGCUCCUAACUUAAAAGGGAAUAUUGAUCGUAAGAGGCAUUUAAAGAGGUUCUAAGCGUUAGAGGCUUUCUGGAAACCCGUCGUGGUUCUACUUACCAAGGUUUCUCAUUAAAACUGAAGAUGCCAGUCACUUUUUCAGGGUGGCAAGUGGUGGAAGGCAGAAAGCCACUGCAUGGGGGUGAGGAGCCUAUGGGGGGGCAUGUCUACACCAUGUACCAUGGCACGCACAUCAAAAAUGCCACAACUAUCAUCACCCAGGGCUUCCAGCGCUCCCAAGAUGGUCUCCUGGGGGCAGGUGUAUACAUUAGUCGAAACAAAGAUAAAGCCAAGUGCUACCCUCUGAAGGUGGAUAAGAAAGAUAAGGUGGUCUUUAAGCUGCGGGUGAAUGUGGGCAAAGUGAAGAAGAUUGACUGCGACAACCACCCUCUACAGAAAUCCUGGCACCAGAAUGGCUAUGACUGCGCCUGGGUUCCCCCAAAGAGCAACAUCAGCAGCAUCAAAUCCGGCAGAGAAGAGGACUGUGUGUGGGACCCCAACAACAUCAAGAUUGUGGACGUGGCUUGCUGUAUGGACCGGGCCAAAUGCAAGGACCUCCGCAAGCUGAUAAAGUCCCAGAGGAUGUCAGGAGAAGAGUGCACCUACUGCCUUCAAGACAUGGGCACUGGUCCACAUCCGAUCCAAAACUGCUGGCAGUGCAACAAGUCAAUCUGCCCCUUCCAACGGAAACAUUUCUGCGAACAAAAUUGAGACUUUCCACACUGGAAAAGCCAGUGGCAAAUGGGAAUGGUUUGCACCAUACAUUUUAUCAAUUAAAUUUAUCCCACAGAAAUCAUAAAGACUGACAUAUAAUCACACUGCAUUCUGAAAUAUUGAACUGUUGUAGGCCUACUCCUAGAUGAUUAAACCUGCAUUGGGAAAUUAAGUCUUCAGAAAUAAAGAUAAUGAUAAUAA